CGCGCAGCGCGCGACCGGUUAUAAACAGACUUUCAGCAAGUGAACGGGUCGUUGUGUGUUCCACGUUGUGCGUUUAUGAAACUAUAACCACAACAUAACAAACGAACAUCCUGUAACACCAUAACUCCUGUGAACAAUUAAAGUUUGGAUAUCUACACCCCCUGGAUUGCUGCAAUCUUUCUGACAGAAGAUUUAGGCCAGACUUCUUUCUAUACACCAGCAUUCAUUAUUCAUAAUUUCACAAGUGGUCCUUCGAGCCGGAGGUAUACAAGCUGCGCUAUGGCCACAUCCAGGGAGCUGUAUGAUGGGCAGCCACCGCUCAUUCCCCGUCCCAGCAGAGUGCGGCGCAUUCCCGGACAUCUGGAGGACUUCGAGCUCAGCUACCCACAUCAACCUCUUUAUCCCCCCCCAUAUGAGGCCAGUCUCAUCACCGAGACCAGCAUAUGACGAGUCGCCCAGCCAAGGAGGACAUGUCGGUUACCCUGUAGCAGCACAUCACCCUGUUGGCACUCCAGAUCACAACUGGCAACUAUUAGAGGCACGCUGGCAGACGAUUAGCAGGCAGAUGCAAGAGCUAGAAACUGAAAUGGACAAGGUAAAGAUCAUCUCACAUCCACAAAGUGCCUUGGCUUAUCCUUCAUACCACUCACAACAAUUUACAGCAUACCAGAGUCGCUACUGCAGCCUCCCUCAACUUGAGCUGUGUUCUCCCAUGAACCAACUUAUGGAAGAAACAGGUUUACUCUCAUAUCCUCAAGCACAUCCUGCUCCUCUCCAAACGUCUCCUUCAAAGUCUCCACCUCAAACACAGGCUGAUCCUCCUGCACCGCAGACACAGCAGACUUCCCCCGUGGCGCCUGUUACUUCUGCUGAACAGAUGCAGCCUGCACCUCCUAUGGCUCCAAGAGCUUCUGCAACAGACACGCAUUCUGCACUCACUGCUUCGCUGAUGCAGCCUGCGUCACCUGUCACUUCUCCUGUUGUGGUACAGCCUGAACCUCCUGCCUUGCUAAUACAUCCAGGUGUUAUUCCUGCUCCUGUUGCAUACCCGCAGUCUGCGCCAGCUCCACCGGAACAGCCAUAUAAUGCACAUCACCGGUACUGGCAGACGGCUCCACAGCCAUAUCAGCCUAUGCUGCACCACCUCGAGUACAUCACUCCUACAUGAUGCAGCCUCCUGCACCGGCCUGGCCUACAGCUAAUCCUAACAUACCCAGUAUGAUGGAGAUGGCGAUUGCAUCAUCAUAUGGUAUCCCAAAGCCAAGAUUAACCAUCUUCAGCUCAGGAAAAGAAACUGACUUUCUUAUGCUCAAAAAGGGAUUGGACAGUGUGCUUGGCCCUCACCAACACCUGUCCGAGGAUUAUAAAUACCAAAUCCUCCUCGAUCACCUCACCUUUCCAUCUGCACUCCAGGUAGCUAAGAGGUACAUCAACAGCCCGACUCCAUACACAAGUGCCAUGCAAACCCUGACCCAACGCUAUGGCCAGCCAAGACAACUGGUGCAGGGAGAGCUUAAAGCCAUCUUGAACGCUCCAGCAGUGAAAACUGGUGAUUAUCAAGCGUUUGAAGACUUUGCAGCAUCAGUUGGCACUCUGGUGGGAAUGCUAAACACCAUGGAAGGCCCCUCAUCAUCCGAGCUGAGAUGUAAAUGGUAAAUGGACUCUACUUAUAUAGCGCUUUAUCCAGUCUUUUUAAGACCCCUCAAAGCGCUUUACAGAUGUCAUUCACCCAUUCAUACAGAGCAGUGUAUCUUACUUGCUCUAGGACCUAACAUUCACACACACCGUUGGCCAUGCCAUCGGGAGCAACUCAGGGUUAAGUAUCUUGCCCAAGGACACAUCGACAUGUUGACUGCAUGGGCUGGGAUCGACCCCACAACCUUCUGGUUGAAAGACGACCACACUCCCUCGCAGCCACAGUCGCCCGUAGAUGUGGGUCUCAUGUUGACACCUUAAUCAGCAAACUCCCUCCUCACUUCAGAGACUCGUUCGUGGAAUACUGCUUCAACAGAGGAAUCAUCCAGAGCGGUAGUAACCUCACAUAUACUCUCCCUGACCUAGCUGCGUGGCUCGAGAGGAAAGUCCAGACAUUACAGGUUUCACGUCGAAUAACUGUCACAUGUCCAGAGCCUGCACACACAGACAGUAAGGAGCGAAGAGUGGCUAAGCCACAGAGAGUCAGACCUGCUACUAUACUGCUUGGUAGCCAGCAGGGAGCCCAACACUCUAAUCCAGGGGUGCCUAACCAGUCGAUCGCGAUCGACCGGUCGAUCGCGGGGAGAUUCCCAGUCGAUCGCGAGAUGUGUCUAAAAAUAGAACAAUAAUAUUCAGUUUUAUCGUUAAUGUCCUAUAACAUAAUCUUCCUGUGCCAGAAUAAUGCACUUGAACGCAUCAAAGCUUUGUGAUUGGCCGGCGUGACCCCAUGUGUCGGGGCGUGGCUUGUGGGCAGUGGGCUGACGUGACGUGGCAGUGGGCAACGUUCGCUGACGUUGUCCGUGUCAAC